AACGAUAAAUUUAUGAUCAUAAUAAAACUGUAGUAAUUACUGAUUAAAUUUCGAAGGAGUGCGGAUUAUUAUUUGCCAUUAAUUGAUACUCGCCUUUGACCUCUGAAAAUUAGUUUGAUUGCAUCGCAUUCCCGUUUUAUUUUGGAUGCGAAGUUCGUUAUUUCGCAAACGCUCCUCUCUCUAUUUUUAUUUCGAAAAUCUCUUUGUCACCUCUAAACUAAUGUUCUUGGCAGCAAUUUCCACUAAACGUUCUCGUACAACUUCUUCCUACUGCACCAGCAAAUUCGAUGUUUCAACGCUUACAUAGUUAAUGUAUUAUUUUAAAUAUGGUCUUCUAAGAAUAAUACAAUUAUAAAUGAAUUAAAUUUGAUGGGUCAUCGACAUUUGUUUUAAGUAAAACUUCUGUUUUUGAAAUUAUCUAAUAUUUAAUAAAUUAUUGUUGCAAUGUAAACUUAUGAAAGUGUGAUGAAGUAGAAAGGAUGUGUAAUGGCGAAGUGCGUUGAGUCACUCAGGUAAACGUUUUUUCCUUGUUAUUAGCAUGAUUUUGUGUGCGAGUGCCUGGAGUAGAAAGAGGAAAGAGAGGACAAAAAAAAGGUGACCAGCUCCUCCGGUUCUCUGUGUCCCAGUGACGUCACGGCGGCUUACAAUGGCGCAUCUGUGAGGCAGCGGCCCAUACCCACCACUCGACCGAACCCAUCCCUCCUAACAAUGGGACGGUUAGAUUUGGUCGGCUGGAAAGUCUUCGGAAUUGGGGGAUAUUUUCCAUCCCUCAAUCCCGAAGACUUUGCAGUUGACCCAACAACGGUAAACGAGUGCAGUACACGUUCACGCCUGAAAGUGCACAGGUCUCGGUAUCAGUAUCAGUCGGUGUUGGUGUUCGACAUUCGCAACAUGCCCAAGUGUUACGCUACAAAUUGCACCAAUUAUUAUGGGAAGACUCGUGGUAAUCCGAAGGUGUCCUACCACAUAAUGCCUUCAUCGGCGAUCUUGGCUUCGAGAUGGGCGAAAGCGUGCACCGGUGUCAGUGAAACUCCACCGAGAUACAUGAGGGUGUGCAGCGAUCACUUUUCGGACGGCUGCUACCAGCGAGAUCUGCAGCACGAGCUGCUCGGACUGCCACUGAGGAAGAGGUUGAAGCCGGACUCGGUGCCCGACAUGAACGUCUUCGUCGAGCCCACGCCCGAUCCCCAGCCCAAGAUACCGAUGCGCUCGAGCAUAAGGAUAGCGAAACGGGAGUCCCUGGAGAACAUCUCCGAUCUCCAGUCGCCCAAAAUCAAGAAGACCAAGAGCAAUUUUAAGCAUAUAGAGCGCGAAAGACUCGCCAGGAAGAUCAAGUACAUGAAGCAACUGCAGCUGCAGUUCCAGAAGAACGAGGCGAUCGCCGACGAGCACAUUGUCGUUUCCCCCAAGAACGAGCCCAACACAAGGUACCAUCACAUUCUUUACUCAACUUCAAACUUGACUUUAGUUUUCUACAACUACGUAAAUACGAGUUUUAGAAACUUAAAAUUGAUUUGCAUUGUAUAA